CUUCGGUUCAUUCUGACACUCAGCUUCCAGUCCGUCGUUGACAGCUUCCCUUCGAGCUGUUCUGACUGUGCACCUCAGACAUUCCUUAGAAGUAGCGCUGCCUACCUAGCGAUAAGAUAGCGUCCUUGGUGCCUGCACGACACAGGGUCGGACUGCACCUUUGAGCUCGUGACAGGAAGGAAGGACGGGAAGAAUCCAUUGAACCUGUCACUUCUCGUCUCAUCAGAACAGUUGGUGAUGGAAGUCACGUUGUCGGUCGACUGACUGUUUGCUGACCGCCUUCUUACUAGACUUUCUCUUCCUGUUCAACAUCUUUUGCCAACUGGGAUUGACCAACAACAUCUGGCCAAAACAGGCCCAAAAAUAGCAGAAACCCACCAAAACAAAACGACAACUAAACCGUACGUGGACCACUAAACUACUUCUUCGGCCUGACCGACACAAAAACCGACGCCGGACUUCCGCUGAACACCAAAGCGACACAGAUGUUGUUCUCCAAGAACGUAAAGUGUAGCUUCGGCUCACUGCCUGCCCAGCCCUGAUGGGCGAUACAUCGCGACUUUGUUCCCAACUUUGAUCAAUGUCCGGAGCGUCCAGUCAUGGGAGCUCAUCCACGUUGUCAGACUGCCUCAGGACUUCAUUGGCCCGUUCCUCUCUUUUCAGUGGUCGCCGUCUUCCCGCCUGCUUCUCGUUGCCAGCUUCGACCAGCUUCGAGUGUUUUCUGCUCUGGAUGGGAACUAUCAUGCCACUAUCCGAAACCCUGUUGCUCCCCAUCUGAAGCCUACCUACAUUGACUUUGGUGCAUCGGAUACAGAAAUCUGUGUCAUGGCCUCAUUCGGUCUCAAGUUGGCUGUCUUUGACCUUAACUCGUCCAAAGCCAUCGAGAUUGGGAGCCCCAAGUUCUCGUCCUCUACGGCUGUUCGCAGAGGCUUCUCCUUUCGCCCUCAGUCCAACCACCUUGCCCUAUUGACCAGGACGGCUGGUAAAGACAUGAUUAGCAUUCACGCUUUUCCCAGUAGGGAACUGCAGAGAUCGUGGGCCCCUGACACAAUUGAUGCACAAGGCCUGCUCUGGAGUCCAGAUGGGAGAUGGCUGGUUGUGUGGGAGUCGCCCGCCCUUGGCCACAAGGUGGUGUUUUAUACGCCAGAUGGCAAUCUGUUUAAGAUCUGGUCGGGUCCCGUCAACCCCACACACGAGGAGAAGGAUUUUGCUCUGGGUGCCGGUGUCAAGACGGUGCAGUUCUCUCCAGAUGCCCGCCUGCUUGCUAUUAGUGAUCACAGCAGAAGUUUAUCCAUCGUCAAUAUGGCAUCCACAAUGGAAGUGCUGCGGCUCCAACAUCCCAACAACCUUGUCCCCAAGGGCACGCUACAGAUCUGGCAAGAACGAAUCGGAAUCUCUCACGGCCCCAUCAUGCAUACCUUUAUCCGAGCCUCUCAAGCUAUCUCUCCGCCUCCGAGGCCCCAAGAGGCUGCUGAACAGCUGUCAGGUUGUGUUACCAUUGCCUUCGACCUGUCAUCGAAUCUCAUAGCAACCAGGAUCGAAGAAUUCCCUUCGACCGUCUGGAUUUGGGACGUACAAGCUGCAGUACUUCGUGCAGUUCUCCUUUUUCACGGCAGCGUCAGCACCCUGUCGUGGCAUCCUCACGUUCGCGAGACCUUGCUCAUAAGAUGUGAAGGAGACCACUAUAAUAGCGUCGUGUUUGUCUGGGAUCCUCUGUCCGAAGGGCCUCAAUCGGUCGACUUUAGCCAACAACUGUCCGGGUUUAAAGCGGUUGGUAAGUGGCAUGCCUCGUGGCUCGGUCUCGACGCAUCUACUCCCCUGUCCAUCUUCUACUCGGAUACCCAAAACUAUGUGUUGGCAUCUCUUGCCGAUUCGGACAGAGAGUCACUGCCGUGGAUCAACCCACGCAACCCACAAGGCGGCGACGGCCCGAGCCGCGCUGAAUCGCCCCUUGAACUCGUUCCAGCAACAGAAGACGAAGCAGACGAAGAAGAUGCUUUACAGACUGGGGAUGACGGUGACAUUGUAAUGGAGGACACAUAUGGCUACAAGCAAUAGGCGAUUUUUGUGCGAAUGGUCUUAUACAAGCGAUAUCCCUUACCUUCCCGCAUAUGCCUUGGUGCUGGAGCACUACCUAUAGGAGAUGUCCUAGUUUAUUUCCAGGAUAACCGACCCGGGGCUUUGGCUCAUGUUCCCGUUUUCGUUACUGGCCACUUGGAAGCAUGACGGACCACCCGCGGAUGUUGUUGAUGGGCCUGCCAACCCUCCGUUUUAUGCUGUCAAGUCACAGUGACAGGGUCCAAGACGCACUGCUUGGACAAGUUAGGCUUUGAGCCCAACAUCAGUAGCGUUUUAACGGGGGCCUAUGAUGAACUGGCGCAGCGAGUGACCCCCGCGCUUUGAUCACAGAUGGUGGAAUAUUGGUAAAUCGACUCGAACGACCUCCUGUUCCCAUAAGGCUUCCCGCGUUCAUCCCGCUUGCCAACUCACUUGUUUCAAUAUUUGCCCAAAACAAGAUUCGAAUGACUCGUGCAGCCUGAUAGCUGACGAGGUCCGGAAUUGCAAACAAACAUUGUGAUGGAAGUCCAACGCCAAUUAGACUCUCUCACGUUUAUCAACAUAGGUUGGCAGACGGACGGACCCUUGCCUGCAUUCACCUUGUCUUACACACGAGUUAGAGCGUCGCCAACCAUGGAUCACCGUUAUAAACCGCCUCGCUUGACACUGAGACAGCAGCUUGACAGGUUCCCAUCUCUUGAGCCGCGGCUGUACGUAGCUCAGUGGGUCCUUACCGUUUUCAGUGCCCCUUGGGUAGUAGUUGACAAGCUGGCAUCAUACAGUUACGAAACGGCGACAACAGGAGGUGGGUUGGUGCGUUACCUACAGCCGCACAACUCACGAGCUUCUAUAGGUGCUGCAUCACGCAUUCCCGUAACGUGUGUUUGCGUCUCCGGUUCUGCAUCCGUGAGACUGUUACGACGAGUACGGAUAGCGUUGCCGGCCUGUCGAAGCUGCACACAUUGCUUGUAGCUGUGAGGGAAUAUUAGGGGUAUCAACGCCGCUUCCAAAUCACCUUUGCUGUCGAACAUGUCUCAUUCCGAGGAGAACGCGGAGUAGCAUUGCUAUGAGAAUGACGUAGAGUGGCCAAGAGGAAUCAUCUUUCCUAUCCGCAAGUGGUCAUGGUUCCGUGCAUCAUUUUAUCAGAUGUGAUCAGUUCACCCCACGGCU